AGUCAACGGCAGCGCGAUGGGGAAGCGGCGGUGAUGGCGGAGCCCGCCGAGCUGGGCCAGGAGACGGUGGUGCGGUUCCUGGCGGAGCGGGGCGGACGGGCGCGCCACGAGGAGCUGCGGGAGCAUUUCCGGGGCUGGCUCAGCCCCCCGGAGCCCGAGCGCCGCGCCGCCGCCCGGCAGCGCUUCAAGGAGCUGGUCAACGCCGUGGCCACCGUGCGCCAAGAGCCCGACACCGGCGCCAAGUACGUGUGCCUCCGGCGCCGGUACUGCGUCCCGGGAGCCGCCGGCGCCGUGAGCCCGGAGGCGGCGGCGGCGGCGGAGGGCAGCGCGGAGCGGCCGAGCCCACCGCCCUCCCCGCGAGCGGACGCUGAGCGGGAGGCGGCGGCGGGCGGAGAUGCCGGCGGCCGCGCGGAGCCCGAGGGGCGGCGGGAAGAGGCGACCCGGCCGAGCCAGGCGGCGGGCGGAGGGCAGCGGAAGGGCUCCCGGCGAGGACCGGCGGCCGGGCACGGCGGCGGCGGCGGCGAGGAGGCGGUGAUAGCGACGGAGGAGGCGGCGGAGGGGUCCGGCGGGGCGGCGGGCGGCCGCAGGAGCCUGCGGGAGACGGCGCGGGGAGGCUCUCCCCAGCUGAAGCGCGGCGUCCCGCCCGGAGGGGGCCGCGGGCGCGGCGGUGGCGGCGACUCGGACAGCGCCUCGGUGGCCUCGUCCUCUGCCGAGGAGGAGGGCAGCACGACGGGCUCGGUGGCUCUGGACCCGCUAGAGCACGCGUGGAUGCUGUCGGCUUCGGACGGGCGGUGGGAGACGCUGGAGGGUCUGCUGAGCUGCGAGCCGGCUCUGUUCUGUAAAAAGGACUUCAUCACCGGCUUCACGGCGCUGCACUGGGCCGCCAAGCACGGGCGGCAGGAGCUGCUGGCCACCCUGGUCAACUUCGCCCAGCGGCACCAGCUGCCUGUAGACAUCAACGCGCGCACCAGCGGCGGGCACACGGCGCUGCACAUCGCCGCCAUGCACGGCCACACCGAGGUGGUGAAGCUGCUGGUGGGCGCCUACGACGCCGACGUGGACAUCCGCGACUACAGCGGGCGUAAGGCUGCCCAAUACCUGCACCAGGGCACCUCGGGGGACAUGCGGAGCCUGGUGGGAGCCCUGGACGAGGAAGAGGAAGAGGAGGAAGAGGCCACCGGCAACGGGAGCGUGCGCUGGAGGCUCUCCAAGGUGUUGCCCUCCAACCUCAUGAGCUACCGCCUCUCCCACCACCAUCACCACCAUCACAGCACCGGGGAGGAAAACGAGGGUGCCGACGGGGCAGCGGUGCCAGGCAAGGUUAAGGAGAUGGCCAGGAAAGCCUCAGGCAGCGGGCGGAUGAAGCCUCGGCUUAAUAAGAUCCGCUUCAGGACUCAGAUCAUCCACAACACGCCCUCCUUUCGUGGUGACACCGAGGAGGAUGAGCACGAGGAGAAAUCCCUGAAGACGUCGUUCAAGCUCAGGCCGAAGUCCAACAUCUUUGGGUAGGGUCGAGGGGGAGGUGGGUGCCUGGACCAGAGUGCCCCAGGGUGUAGGUCGAAGCGGGCGCUCGUCUGAACUCGUGUGCUCGGGGGAGGUGGGUCCCAGAGCCUUGCUGGAACCUGCAGUUGGGUGGCUGGCAGCUGCUGAGGAGGUGGCUGCCUCGGCUGGGCCCUUGGUGCUGGAAUGAGGGGCAGCGGGUGUGCUAAGAAACGCUGGGGUGCUUCUGGGUCAGAAACGUGUGUUCAUAAACCUCCUAGGAUUAGUGCGUUGAGUGGGGGGGAAGGAAAAUGCACAUGUUCUACUCUUGUAUUAUCAAUCGGUACUAUAAACUGCUCAUAACUUGCUAUGUAAGAGCACCACCUCAGUAAUACGCAGGUGUACUUUAAGUUUCUUGUUAACAGCAAUAUCACCCGGCACGGUGUAGAGUUGGUACCCAAAAUGAGAUCGUAUGUAACAGUUUUCUGUCAGAAUCCAAAUUUCAGUCCAGCAAAGACUUGAGUGUGUGUUGACUUUAUGCGUUGAAAAUCGCCAGAUUUGACAUUGCAAAUAGUAAGGAAAAAAAAGAAGCGUUGCACUGCAAGCAAUGAGUAAAGUUAGCCAUGUGCUGAAGUCUUUGCUAUCUGAGGUACUACUGAGCUUGCUUGUCACUGUUGGGAUACUGAUACAAUGUAAGUGAAGAGUUUUUUAUGUAUUUGGUAUCUUAUUUUGUCUUAGGCAAAGCAGUUUUAUGUUAAUCACUGUGAAUUCUCAAGUGCCAGACCUAGCACAGUUCCGUUUAUUAAGUCUGGUCAAGUCUUGUUACUGUUGUUUGUGUAACUCACUGCAUUUGAAAUCAGAAAAUUGUGCUGUAUGUGUUACAUGUGAAAGUCGUUCUGUUCUAGAAGAGAGCACAGACACCAUUGCAUGCAGUCUUCAUGAAACUCCAAUGUGGUCCUGUAAUGUAAAAGGUACAGGUCUGCGUUUGCUUAGAAACUCGGGUGCCAAUCCCUUCAAUUUACUUCCUGCAGAAAUAGGAGGAGGAGGAAAGGAGCAGAGAAGGGGUACAAAGUGAAUAACCGGAACUCUGAAGCUCUGUUCCUCUCAGUAAAAGCAGUGUGAUGUCAUACUCCAGGUGAGUGAUGGCAGUGGUGUUUGAGUUCUUUUAAAUUUGCAUUUCUGGAGAAAUAAUAACCAAGGCUUUGAACAUGCUAUCUGUCUGCUAAAGCUUUCUGAGACCUUGAGUCUUGUUUCUCUGCUUUCGUGGUAGCAUUUCCAGUGAAAUCUAGGAGGCUCUCGUUGAGAAUGAGCUGUCUGUUCCCUGAAUGCUGCUCAAGGUGGAAGUUCAGCUGUGCUUAGAUGUUAAGGUACUGCCAAUCUCAAUGCAACAUUUGUCAAAGUGUGUUUCAAGUUGGCUUGCUCGGAAUGUGUGUGCCUGCCCACCACGUAACUUCAACAGAAAGUACGUAGACUUCGACAUGGUAAAUUCCAAACCUGAGGCACUGAUGGAGUGCUUUCCCCAGCUGCUAGAGCACUUCAUGGGGAAACUGCUGCUGGGAGUGGUGCACUUUCAAGGUAACAGCUGUCUGUGGCUGUUGCUGGUGGCUUACGCUUUUAGUGACAGAGGAAGGGAGUGGCAGCAAUUCAUCUGUUUCAGACUUCCCAUGCAGAUAAAUUACCAGUAUCUGCGCUUUGUGUCAAAACCUAAUGAAAGUCAGUGUUUGCGUAAGCAUGCAGGCAACAUUUAAAUAUUUCUGGGAAUAGCUACAUUAAAAAUAAUUGAAACUCUGUAUAGGUGCUGGUCAUUAAUUUCAUGCAGAAAGGCUAGAAAUUAUACAGAGGUUCUGCUUUAAUUUAUGGUUUAUAGCUAUAAUAUAGAUUUCAUGUGCCUUCAUUUUGGGUUGGUUGCUACAAAUACAGUGAAUAUAGUCAGUCUUGCAAAGCACUUUGUCUUUACAUCUGGACAGGACCAGAAAUUUUCCCCCAGCCCUUCCUUUUUAGGCUGUGAGCUCAUACAACGAUUGAGUGUCUGAAAAAAAUCAUGCACAUAAUUCUGCAGAGUUCGUUUGCAACAGAGGAGAGAAUUAAAUGCUGAAGUCCUAAACUCCCUUCAUUAUGGAAGGUAAAUAGCUUUUUAGGCUUCUGCAAAAAGGUCUUCAAUUGGACAUUUGCAACAUGAACUCUCUUCAACAUGGCAGUUCUGAAUUGAGUGUGUUCCAUGCAACUAUCUACUUCCCAGUCUAAUUAAAGUAACUUUCUGCUUCAUGUUUCUUCAUAGGAUCUGUUGAGUAAAGUGUUCUUCUCUUCACAUGUGAAUAGCAAAUUGCACAAAAGUAUUGAGUCUUAGCUGUUGGGGUUUGGGGAAAUUAUUUGUGAGCUUUGAUGCUUUGGGAUUUGGAAUAUGGCACAGUUUGAGUUUUAAAAGACUAACUGGAACAUCAUUUUACCUUGUGUAAUAUGGUAGAACUUGGUAAUUACUAAGGGAACUUGGAAAAUGGAAAAAAGAUGCAUCAUUCUCACUCUCUAUUUGAAGUAUUGAGGUGAAACCGUUGCCAACUCAUAUGGUGUAACUAACUGUUAGCUAACGAGACUUCACAGUAAUGGUCCAAAGCCUUUCUCAAGGUGGAGUGCCAUUGCAGCAAGUCCAAACCCUAAAAAAUUGGUACUGUUGAUGUUAGAGAUAUAUUGACAAAUGGAUGGAUAACCACUAGUGUCUGUCUGCUCUGCGGGACUAAAGCACUUUGAUUUCACAUUAUGACUUGUCACAUUCCACACGGUUACUUUUUAUAACAUGAGCUGAAACUUAUGUUUUGUUUGGAGAUAGGAAAGGCUUGAUGCCCUGUUCCAGAAUAUCUACAACCUAAAGGUACUCUUGAGUCAAAUAUUUUUGGAUACAUUGCCUAGAAAUAUGUGAAUUUGAAAUAAAGUUGUAUGGUACAGAAAA